UGAGAAACUUUUGGUUAGAUAAAUAAAUGAAAAACUUCAUAAUCUAUUUGAAAGGGCAAAUCGUAAUUUCGAAGGUAACGGUCCUCGUGUCGCCGCCAAAAAGCGUCGUCUUCGCCCGGCCCGAGCAACACAUGUAUCGAUCUGUCCUUUUCUCUCUUUCUCUCCCACCUAUAUUCUCCAUCUCCUCUCAUUUUGUGUCUACUUUUCAUCAGGGUUUCUCCGCAUUCCUCCAAUUUAGCAAUGGAACACUCGCCGGGUAAGUAUCGCCGCGAUCACAAUUCGAUCAGCUCCGACGAGGUAUCCGUCGAUUUGGCAUUGGAAACGCAUUCAGGAAGCGGCGAUUCCAACGAAAGCGGAUCAUCUACACAUAGCGGCUCCGGUGUUGAUUUAGUAGAUCCGGUAACUCCUCCGACUCAUCAGCUUAAUAAAAACGAGAAAGGCAGGCAACACUCUCUAACAUUGCUAGCUGCAAAAUUUUUUGAUGAAAAAAUCUCUUUUAGAAAGAAGCACAAGUUGUUGAAGAGAGUUGCUACUAUUAAAGAUGAUGGAACUGUGCAAUUUGAAGUUCCAGGAGAUAUUAAACCUGAACACCUUGAUUUUGGUACCAGCAUUGACAAUGGAGAUGCUAGUACAGAGGAAGCUACUAAUGAUGUAGAAGAUAUCCAAAACUUGCCUCCACUGCAAAUUGUUAUGCUAAUUGUUGGAACCAGAGGAGACGUACAACCAUUUGUUGCUAUUGGGAAAAAAUUACAGGAACAUGGUCAUAGGGUGAGAUUGGCUACUCACUCCAAUUUUAGAGAGUUUGUUCUGGACUCUGGGUUGGAGUUUUAUCCUCUUGGUGGGGAUCCAAAAGUCCUUGCUGCUUAUAUGGUAAAAAACAAAGGUUUCUUGCCAUCUGGGCCUUCUGAAAUAUAUAUUCAACGCAAGGAGAUAAGAGAAAUUGUUUUCUCUUUACUUCCAGCCUGCACAGAUCCUGAUCCAGAAUCUAAUGACCCAUUCAAAGUAGAUGCCAUCAUUGCCAACCCUCCAGCAUAUGGACAUAGUCAUGUUGCAAUGGCUCUGAAAGUACCACUGCAUAUAUUCUUUACAAUGCCAUGGACACCUACAAGUUACUUCCCACAUCCUCUCUCUCGUGUUAGGCAACAAGUUGGAUACAGAAUAUCUUAUCAAAUUGUUGAUUCGUUAAUCUGGCUUGGGAUACGAGAUGUGAUAAACGACUUCAGAAAGAAAAAGUUGAAAAUGAGGCGCUUUACAUAUUUAACUAAUAAUUUCAGUUCACCUGAAAUUCCGCAUGGGUACAUCUGGAGUCCCCACCUUGUUUCUAAACCCAAAGAUUGGGGUCCCAAAAUUGAUGUUGUUGGGUUUUGCUUCCUAGAUCUUGCUUCUACCUAUGCUCCACCAGAAUCACUGUUGAAAUGGCUUGAAGAUGGUCAAAAGCCCAUCUACAUUGGCUUUGGCAGCCUUCCAGUUGAAGAACCUGAAAAAAUGACUGAGAUAAUUGUUCGAGCGCUAGAAAUCACAGGACAGAGAGGCAUUAUUAACAAAGGGUGGGGUGGCCUUGGGAAUUUAAAGGAGCCCAAGGAUUAUGUGUAUUUGUUAGAUAAUUGUCCACAUGAUUGGCUGUUUUUGCAAUGUGCUGCUGUGGUGCAUCAUGGGGGUGCAGGAACAACUGCUGCUGGCCUUAGAGCUGCGUGCCCUACAACAGUGGUGCCUUUCUUUGGAGACCAGCCUUUUUGGGGUGAUCGGGUAUAUGCUAGGGGAGUUGGUCCUGUACCUAUCCCCAUAGAUGAAUUUUCACUUGAAAAACUGGUUGCUGCCAUCGAGUUCAUGCUUGAGCCAAAGGUGAAAAAACAUGCUAUUGAACUGGCAAAUGCCAUGAAAGAUGAAGAUGGUGCAACAGGAGCGGUGAAAGCUUUCUAUAAGCACUUUCCUCGUAAGGAACAACUUGCUGUUGAGUCCGAAAACAAAACACCACAUCGCCGUCAUCACAGUCUAUUCUCCAUAUCACAAUGUUUUACCCCUUCUGCUGAUUCUUAAUUUUGAAGAUCCAAGCCGGCACAAUCAUACUUGCUUCAUAUUUGGUGGAAAAUUUAUGCAAUGUAGCGUUGUUGUACCAUGCCACAUUUGUUUCAUCAUAAUCUAAUGUAUUAUUUAUAUUGUAAUAAGAUUAGUCUGCGAAUACAGUUGUUAAGAAAAUAAUGAAUUGCAAUGUGCUUUUUAAUAAAGCUUAGAGCGUUAUGUU